AUUUUCUCGUUUUUAACAGAAUGAACACAUUGUUCGUUUUUUGCGCAAGGUCCAAGUUGCUGUAAUAUAUCUCGCUUUCUUGAACUGGGAGAUGAACCCUGCUUGGUUCUUUUAAAGGAAUAUAAAAAGUAUGUCAUUAAAAAAAAUCUCAACUUUGUUUAAAUAUGAAUUCAAACUGUAAACUUUGCAUGGAAUAAAAACACAUAAUAAACUAUCACUGUAAGGAAAAGGGUGUCGCAUUGUACCCGUACGCAGUGAUGUAUCACCGGGGAAACCUGCUUCAAUAAUAUCCUUAACUUUGAAAUCCAUUUAUAGCACAGCGAGUAUUCAUCAAACGUUAUCGCUCCAUCCUCGUGGGAGACAGCAGCGCCGCCGCGGAGGUACUUUGAAGCGCGGAGCCGGUUCCGAUUGCCCAGCAAAUACAGCGGAAAGUGGGGGAAUUAAACAAAAGCUAUACACGAUCACUGGUCCUAGCAUAUAUAUCGCCUUUGUUGAGUGAGAUAAACCGGAAAAAUAAACGGGGAGCGAGACAUUGAGCCUGCUGUAUCAGCGGCUGAUCAGCGCUCUUAAAAACCUGGAAAGGUUUUGAAUUGGAAGCCUCUUCUGAUUGGGGUUAGUGCAACUGCGCGGAUGCAUCAUUGCGAGUUCAGACUGAAGCCAGCGCUGGUUGGCACGGCACUGUAGUUUGGAGACCGCCAGGAUUUUUACAACAUAUUUCUUAUUUACCUUGCAGUGUUACUUCUUGGUAGAGUCACUGACGCGCUAGAUCAUUUAAGGACUGCUGCUGAUUGUAAUGUUUGUUUGUUGAUCGCUCUUUUACUUUGCGUUACAUUGGAAGGUUUUGAAUGGAAAACGCACUUGCCUGGUUAUUUUUGGAGAGUCAGUGGCUUCUUAAAACUCAAUGGAUCUGAAUUUGGAUUGUUUGGCUGGUUCAGGAUUGUCACACUUCUAAUUCCCUCUGGGAGCUACACGACUUUAAAUAAAGAUACCUUUAUUAAACUAUUAAACACGACAAAACAACAAGGAAACGCUACGCAAUGAUGCUUGCAAGUUUCUACUUCGUGUUGCCUCUGUUGGAUGUAGUCUUGUCGGCAGACGUGAAUGUGGUGUCAGGUUCUAACCGACUGGACUGCGUUAAAGCGAGCGAGCAGUGCCUGAAGGAACACAGCUGCAGCACCAAGUACCGCACGCUGAGGCAGUGCGUGGCGGGCAAAGAGAGCAAUUUCAGCAUGGCUUAUUCGGGACAGGAGGCGAAGGACGAGUGCAGGAUUGCCAUGGAUGCCCUCAAGCAGAGCCCCUUGUUCAACUGCAGAUGUAAAAGGGCUAUGAAGAAAGAAAAGAACUGCCUGCGCAUAUACUGGAGCAUUUACCAAAGUUUACAGGGAAAUGAUUUGCUGGAGGAAUCUCCGUAUGAAGCAGUGAACAACAGACUUUCUGACAUAUUCCGACUUGCUCCCAUCAUAUCAGGAGAGCCUGCAGUCACAAGAGAGAACAACUGCUUGAAUGCCGCUAAAGCCUGCAACCUGAACGACACCUGCAAAAAAUACAGAUCGGCGUAUAUAAGCCCGUGCACCUCUCGCGUCUCCAUUGCCGAAGUCUGCAACAAGCGCAAGUGCCACAAGGCCCUUCGGCAGUUUUUCGACAAAGUGCCUCCCAAACACAGCUAUGGGAUGCUCUUCUGCUCCUGCCCUCUGGUCGAUCAAUUAGCCUGCACAGAGAGACGGCGGCAGACCAUUGUUCCGGUGUGUUCGUAUGAGGACAAGGAAAAACCAAACUGCUUGUCUUUGCAAGUGUCGUGCAAGACGAAUUACAUCUGCAGGUCUCGGCUUGCAGAUUUCUUCUCAAGCUGUCAGCCUGAGCCUCGCUCCGUGAGUGGCUGCCUAAAGGAAAACUACGCAGACUGCCUGCUCGCCUACUCAGGGCUUAUUGGCACAGUCAUGACUCCAAACUACCUGAAAUCCAGCAGCAUCAGCGUUUCCCCGUGGUGUGAUUGCAGUGCCAGCGGGAACAACAAGGAAGAGUGUGACAAGUUUGUGAACUUCUUCAAGGAUAACGCAUGCCUUAGGCAUUCAAUUCAGGCAUUUGGGAACGGCACGGAUGUGAAUGUAUGGCAGCCCAGGCCUCCGGUGCACACCACAGCUUCCACAAGCACUCCGUCCCACAAGGCACGAGAGAGAGCUCAAUCCCCUAUGGAUGAGCAGACCCACAUCAAUGAGAUUAGCACCGCUGAGGAAGCCAACCUCUAUCCGAUCUGUGCAAAUUUACAGGCUCAGAAAAUGAAGUCUAAUGUAACAGUGGAGGAGACAGCCCUGUGUGAGGUCGUCCGGAAUGGUGAAGCCAGUUCCUUGGAUCACGUCACAUCAAAGAAUUCUUCCAGGGCGUCCACACCGUUCCAUUUGAGUUGCAUUAUGCUGAUUCUCAGUGCCAUGGUGCACUCAGCCAUCCUGGCUAUCGACUCAGCAGAAACAUUAUAACCACACCUACAAAAAAAAAAGAAAACAAAAGGACCUGUAAAAAACAAAAACAAAAAAACAAAAAAAAAGCUAAGCGUAGUGUGUUCCCAGUCUCCUGUUGUAUUGUUUCCCGGAAUUCCGGUUCUAGAAGCUAUGUCGAGGCACCCUGAAGUGGUUUCAUUGUAACUGGUAUUUAGGGUCUAUGUGAAUAAUUGAUACAGGGAUGCAUUGCAAACCACAGUGUCUUGUGGGCAUGUGGUCUAUCAAAGGAUAUUGUUAGUGCUGUAUAGUAACCGGGUUUAAAACUCAGAAUGGGAAGAAGGCAGCACUUUGUAUUGUUGAAAUCCUUGUUUGUGUUGUCCGUCUGUGAAACGGUUUUGUUUUUCGAAACUGGGUCGAGGAGAGAGAGAGCACAGCAGGGUCCCGUGGAAGCGUCACGCCGUGAAAUAACUCGACUGAAGAGGGGAGAGGAUUUCACAAGGCUUUUUAUUAAAAAAAAGAAGAAAAAAAAAAGAAAAGCGUUCUCCAACUAGUAA